AUGAAUCACCACAACGGGGUCAAUUCAUCGUCCUCCUCCACCCUUCAGGACCAGAUGCACACUUCUGAUCAAAAUGACACCGACGGCGACCACGAUUACGAUGCCGAGAUCCAUCAAUUAGCCAGAAGGUUCACCACUCAAUCCGCAGCGUCUGGCCACGGACCACUCUUCCCCCUCAGUGAAGAUGGCCAUUUAGACCCGGCAAGCCCUCACUUCAGCUCCAAGAAGUGGGCAAAAGCCUACCUGAAGACCCGCACUACAGCUGCUGAUGGCAAUACUCCUCGAACCGCCGGCAUUGCCUUCAAGAAUCUCGAUGUCUAUGGCUUUGGUCAGGCGACCGACUUCCAAAAUACCUUGACUAACAUCUUCCUCAACGCCACAAGUCUUGUGAGGAAGGCUUUCGGUGAUAAGGGCCAGCGCAUAGACAUCCUCCGCAAUCUGGAUGGCCUCGUUGAAGCUGGCGAGAUGCUUUGCGUUCUAGGUCCUCCUGGCUCGGGUUGCUCUACCCUCCUUCGCAGCAUCGCAGGCGAAACUCACGGAUUUCAUAUCAGCGACAAUGCAAUCCUCAAUUACCAAGGCAUCCAACCGAAACAAAUGAAGAAGGCGUAUCGAGGAGAAGCCAUCUACACAGCUGAAGUUGAUCACCACUUCCCUCACCUGACAGUCGGCGACACUCUUUACUUCGCGGCACGCUGUCGCUGCCCACCAAAGGACAAGCUUCCCGCUGGGGUAACACCACGAGAGUAUGCCGAGCAUCUUCGAGAUGUCAUCAUGGCUAUGUUUGGUAUCUCACAUACGAAGAACACUCGAGUUGGUGACGAUUACGUCCGUGGUGUUAGCGGUGGCGAACGCAAACGAGUUACCAUUGCCGAGGCAGCGCUUGGAUACUCACCUCUACAGUGCUGGGACAACAGUACCCGAGGUCUUGAUAGUGCCAAUGCUAUUGAGUUCUGUCGCGUUUUGCGCACCCAAGCAGAUGUUCUAGGCAUAUCAUCUUGUGUCGCGAUCUAUCAAGCACCCCAGAGUGCGUAUGAUCUCUUUGACAAGGUCAUUGUCCUGUAUGAAGGCCGUCAGAUCUACUUCGGAAAGACAGGUGAAGCUCAAGAAUAUUUCGAGAGCCUCGGCUUUAUCUGCCCGGAGCAGCAAAGUACCGCAGACUUCCUUACAUCCAUGACGAAUCCUCGCGAGAGAAUCGUCCGCCCUGGAGCCAACCCACCUCGCACCUCAGACGACUUCGCUCAAGUAUGGAAGCAGAGCCAGCAGCGCUCUAGACUCGUCGAUACCAUCGACUACUACAUUGAACAGCACCCUUUCGACGGACCAGAUCUGCAACGAUUUUCCCAGUCUCGAAGACUUGAUCAGGCGAGCGCUCAGAGAGAACAGUCGCCUUUCAAUCUAUCUUACUGGCAGCAAUUUACCAUCAACCUCUGGAGAGGAGUCAAGAUGCUCAUCGGCGACCCCACCAUCACCCUUACCAUGCUUAUCACGAACAUCUUCCAGAGCUUGAUCGUUUCUAGCAUUUUCUACAAUCUGCCCGCCAACACAACCAGUUUCAUUCGCCGCACCAUUCUACUCUUCUUCAUCGUCCUCAUGAAUGCUUUUGGUAGCAUCCUCGAGAUCAUGACACUCUACGCAAAGCGGAAGGUCGUUGAAAAGCAAGCGCGAUACGCCUUUUACCAUCCCAGCACGGAAUCACUUUCGGCAAUGGUCACUGAUCUUCCCUACAAGGUGGUCAAUGCCAUUCUCAUGAACACAACACUCUACUUCAUGUGUCACCUGCGUCGGGAGGCAGGGGCGUUCUUCCAAUUCCUGCUGGCCUCGUUUGCACUCAUGAUGUGCAUGUCCAUGAUGUUUCGAUUCAUCGGAUCGGUCACCAAGUCCAUCUCUCAGGCCUUGGCACCUGCUUGUAUUAUCCUGUUGGGCUUGGUGCUGUACUCAGGGUUUUCGCUUCCUGUUGCCUACAUGCAAAGCUGGCUUGGUUGGAUUAGAUGGAUCAAUCCCGUUUAUUACGGACUUGAGUUUGUCUUUCUGAACGAGUUUGUUGGGCAGGAGUUUACUUGCAGCGACUUUGUUCCAAAAGGGCCGGGUUACGAAGGACUUGGUAAUGGCGAGUCUGUCUGCAACGUGGCUGGAUCUGUGCCUGGGCAGUCCUUCGUCAGAGGUGAGGACUACUUGCAGGCCUCGUUCGGCUUCAGCAACAGCCACAAAUGGAGAAACUUUGGCAUCAUCAUUGUCUGGACUGUGUUCUACAUGGUGAUUCAUCUACUUACCACGGAGUACGUCGCUUCAGAGCGUUCCAAGGGUGAGGUCUUGGUCUUCCUUCGGGAGUCAAUACACAAGGCUUCCGCCAAGGGUGCCAGCGACGAGGAGUCUGGUACCUCGCUACCAGCUGGGCGACAAGAGGCUUCCGGAGAUACCAGCGAAAAGGUCGAAGUUGAGAGACAAACAUCCGUCUUUCACUGGAAGGAAGUCUGUUAUGACAUCAAGAUCAAGAGCGAGUCUCGCAGGAUUCUCGAUAAUGUUGACGGUUGGGUCAAGCCCGGUACCCUAACCGCUCUCAUGGGUGUCUCGGGUGCUGGUAAAACAACACUUCUCGACGUUCUUGCUAGCCGCGUUACAAUGGGCGUUGUUUCUGGCGAGAUGCUUGUCAACGGACACCAGCGCGAUUCUUCGUUCCAGCGAAAGACUGGCUAUGUGACUCAACAAGAUCUACACCAGGCGAGUUCAACGGUACGAGAGGCUUUGCGUUUCAGCGCAAUUCUUCGACAGCCAGCCAAAUAUUCCAGACAAGAGAGAGUCGACUACGUCGAGACAGUCAUUUCUCUUCUCGGCAUGGAAGCUUAUGCAGACGCUAUCAUCGGUGUCCCUGGGGAGGGUCUCAACGUUGAACAACGCAAGAGACUCACAAUUGGCGUCGAGCUUGUCGCGCGGCCACAGCUUCUUCUGUUUCUCGAUGAGCCUACUUCUGGUCUCGAUAGUCAGACCUCGUGGUCUAUCUGCGACCUCAUGGAAACGCUGACCAAGAGUGGCCAAGCCAUUCUUUGCACUAUUCACCAACCUUCAGCUAUGCUAUUCCAACGGUUUGACCGACUCUUACUCUUAGCGAAGGGAGGUAGAACCGUCUAUUUUGGCGAGAUUGGACAGAAUUCUGCCACAUUGAUGGACUAUUUCACUCGCAACGGCGGUCCCUCGCUGCCACCCAAGGCCAACCCUGCCGAGCAUAUGCUGGAGGUCAUUGGAGCGGCACCUGGAGUCACUACGGAUAUCGAUUGGCCUGCUGUUUGGAGACAGUCUCAUGAAUACAAAACAGUACAACAGGAGCUUGAAGCAUUAAAGUCUGGUAGCCAAACAGCCCCACCACCAUCAGGCGUUGAUGCUUCUGAGUUCAAAGAAUUUGCAUCUUCCUACACAACUCAAAUAAAGGAAGUGACCAACCGUCUUUUCCGACAGUACUGGAGAAGCCCUAGCUACAUGUACUCCAAGGUUGCCCUGUCUGUUGGUGCUGCACUUUUUAUUGGACUCUCUGUGCUGAACGGAAAUAAUACUCUUCGAGGCCUUCAGAACCAGAUGUUCGGCGUCUUUUUAUUCUUGACCAUCUUUUCUCAGGUGGCUGAACAGAUGAUGCCGAUCUUUGUGGAACAGAGGACUCUAUAUGAAGCUCGCGAGCGUCCUUCAAAGACUUAUUCUUGGCAAUCCUUCAUGUUUGCCAAUAUCACUGUUGAGAUUGUUUGGAACUCGUUUAUCGGUGUCUUCGCUUUUCUUUGCUGGUACUUCCCAAUUGGUCUUUAUCGUAAUGCCGAAUGGACGGAUCAAGUGGAUUCUCGUGGAAUCACUAUCUUCCUCCAUGUCUGGAUGUUCUUCCUCCUAACAUCAAGCUUCACACACAUGAUCAUUGCUGGCCUUCCCGAUUCCGACACUGCGGCUGGUAUUCUGAACCUGAUAUUCAUCAUGAUGUUCGCUUUCUGUGGAGUACUUGCUGGCCCUGAUACGCUCCCUGGCUUUUGGAUCUUCAUGUACCGGGUCAAUCCUUUCACCUACGUGGUGGAAGGUUUCCUUGGCACAACACUUGCCAAUGCUCCAGUUACAUGUGCCACGAAUGAGAUCCUGAAAUUCAAGCCCGCCAACGGAUCUACCUGUCGAGAAUUCCUCUCUGACUACAUAUCCAGCAGCGGCGGUUAUCUUUCUGGGGAUAGUGGAACUAGUACUCAGGAGUGUUUAUACUGUCCCAUGGCGAGUACCAAUGAGUUUCUGAAGAGGAUCAAUGUGACCUACGACAAUCGCUGGAGAGACUUUGGACUCCUUUGGGCCUACGUUGUCUUCAAUUGUGCUGCCGCAGUUACCAUUUAUUGGCUUGUGCGAGUGCCUCGAAAAAGCAAGAACAAAAAGGAGUAG